AUGGUCAAAUCUGCUGUCUUGCUUGCCCACCUCGCAGCUGGCGUUGCUGCAGUGCCACAAGGUGCUCCUCGAGUAUGCCGUGACUCGUUUGACGGAGGGUUUCAGAUUGCCGUUAACCAGCCAUCUAGCAAACGCUCUGCGGCGCAAACCUGCUCGCCGGGUUCCCUGGUUCUCACUCUCAACAAUGGCAUUCUCCGGGAUCAGCAACAGCGAACCGGGUACAUUGCGUCAAACUUCCAGUUUCAGUUCGACAACCCUCCCCAGCACAAUGCCCUAUCCACAAGAGGAUUCUCCAUCUGUCCAGGAGGUCUCUUGGCACUAGAUGGGGAUACGAGGUGGUUUCAAUGCCUCUCUGGUACGUUCUACAAUUUGUAUGAUCGCCACUGGGCUGGUCAGUGCCAAGCCAUCAGCAUACGUGUGGUGCCCUGCCCGGGUAAUGUCGGCCCCAGGGAUGUUGCUCCUGUCCAGCAAAUCUCAGAUGGGCAAGUGCAAGCUCCUGCGUCCCGGAUCCCCAACCCCCCGGUUCAAGCACCGGUUAUCGCCCAGAUUCCCGAUGGCCAGGUGCAGGUGCCUGUCGCAUCUCGGAUCCCUAACCCCCCGGUUCAAGCACCGGUUAUCACCCAGAUUUCCGAUGGCCAGGUGCAGGUGCCUGUCGCGUCUCGGAUCCCCUACCACCCCGUCCAAGCUCCCGCACCUUCUGGUCCAGCAGUCAGCCAGAUUCCUGAUGGUCAGAUCCAGGCACCUGUUCCAGGACUUCCUCAUCCCCCUCAGCCUUCUACCUGCUCACAAGAAGCCUUGACGUGUGAAUGUCUAGUUGAGUCGACGUCUCCUCCUCCACCGCUACCGGCUGCGACGUCAACCACCUGUGUGCCUUCUGCCACCCGCGUCGCAGCCGAGUACGUGCGUGCAGGUAGUUAUAGGCCUUUUGGAAAGCCUCAGCCUAAGCCUGCCCCCAAGCCCCCAAAGCCUCCAACCUGGAAGGGUAAGGGUGGUAGGAAGAAGGGUGGUAAGAAGAAGGACGACAAGAAGGAUGGUAAGAAGAGUGGCUCCGGGAAGAAUAUACCAGUUUUGACCAUUUCUCUCGCGUUCUGCAUGCUCAUCGUGGGCUACUACCUUUGA